CCCUACCUCUUACCCGACCUGUGUCCAGGCUUUGGUAUCGGGCAGGGGGCACCGGGCCAGGCAAACCUGUGGGACUUUGGCUCCAUCUCUACAAAAGGGCAUUCUGUGAGUCAGCCUGCUCCCCUCAAGACUUGCUCCUCCCCUCACCCAGCUCCUAUUUCCGAUGCACGUACAGCCCGUACACACUGUGUCCUGGGACACCCCAGGCAGUCGCAUGGCUUCCCUGGGCCCCAGCCCCUGGCCCCCUUUGUUGAUCCCAGCCUCUACUGCGCCGCUGCUGCUAUUUCUGCUGCUCCUGGUAUCUGCUCAUCCCCAGGGCCUGUCCGGAAUGCAGGGGGAACCCUCCUUGGGAGAGAGUUCAUCUGGGGAGGAGGAUCUGGGCGUGGAGGAUCUGCCCAGUGAAGAAGAUGCACCUGGGCAGGCGGGUCCACCUGGUGGGGAGGAUCCGCCUGAAGAUAACUCUAAAGCCGAAAAGGAGGAUUCCCCGAAGUUAGAGGAUCUACCCACUGUUGAAGCUCCUGAAGACAGUCAAAGUCCCCACGGGGAUGGAAAAGGGGGUGGCCACGGUCUUUGGAGCUAUAGAGGCACCCUACUCUGGCCCAAGGUGUCCCCAGCCUGUGCCGGCCGAUUUCAGUCCCCUGUAGAUAUCCGCCCGGAGCGCACCUCAUUUUGCCCCGCCCUGCAACCCCUGGAACUACUGGGCUAUGAGCUUCAGCCUUUCCCGGAACUGAGCCUGAACAACAAUGGCCACACAGUACAGUUGACUCUGCCACCGGGGUUGAAGAUGGCUCUGGGACCUGGGCAGGAGUACCAGGCCCUGCAGUUGCAUUUACACUGGGGAGCUUCAGAUCACCCGGGCUCAGAGCACACUGUCAAUGGCCACCGUUUCCCUGCUGAGAUCCACGUGGUUCACCUCAGUACUGCUUUCUCAGAACUUCACGAAGCCUUGGGUCGCCCAGGAGGCCUGGCCGUUUUGGCUGCCUUUCUGCAGGAGAGCCCAGAAGAGAACAGUGCCUAUGAACAGUUGCUGUCACAUUUGGAAGAAAUCUCCGAGGAAGGCACAAAGAUCGAGAUCCCAGGUCUGGAUGUAUCCGCACUGCUGCCCUCCGACCUCAGCCGUUACUACCGAUACGAAGGGUCUCUAACGACACCUCCCUGCAGCCAGGGGGUCAUCUGGACUGUGUUCAACCAGACAGUGAAGCUGAGUGCUAAGCAGCUCCAUACUCUCUCUGUUUCCCUGUGGGGACCUCAUGAUUCUCAGCUACAACUGAAUUUCCGAGCCACACAACCUUUGAAUGGACGAGUGAUUGAGGCUUCUUUCCCUGCCGGAGUGGACAGCAGCCCUGAGCCAGUCCACAUGAAUUCCUGCCUUGCUGCUGGUGACAUCCUAGCCUUAGUGUUUGGCAUUCUCUUUGCUGCCACCAGCGUGGCCUUCCUCAUACAGCUGAAGAGGCAGCACAGGCACAGAAGUGAGACCAAAGAUGGCGUUAGCUACAGCCCAGCAGAAAUGACAGAAACCGGGGCCUAAUAAUGAGGAGUCAGCUGGAGGAUUCUGGAAACUUUGUCCUGGUCUGACCAUUAUAUACUUUCUUUUUAACCACUACGGAAUCUUUUUAACUUUUCUUCUUUUCCUUAAAGUACUACAAUGGGAUCUUAUAGUGAAAAGGCAAAGUUGGACUCAAUUCUUGCCCUGUUUUUGUUUUUUGUUUUCCCAGGACAGGAUUUCUCUGUGUACCUCUGGCUGUCCUGAAACUUGCUCUGUAGACCAUGCUGGCCUUGAACAGGGAUCUGAAUGCCUCUGUCUCCCAAGUGCUGGGAUUAAAGGCAUUCACCAUCACCACCUGGCAAUUCUUGCUCUUACUGUGCAGUCAAAUGAUCUACCACUGAACUAUAUACCCCUUGAUCUUACUACAUAGCCAGGGCUAGCCUUGAACUGAGUGUGUAUAUUAAUGGAGUUUGAACCCAGGAUCUUGUUCUGACUGGACAAGUGUUCUACCAGUGACUCAGUUUAUAGCCCCUUCCCUUGAACUCUCUAGCCUCCUGUCUCAGUCUCUUGAAUUCUGGGAUUACAGGCAUGCACCAUCAUGCCUGGCUCAUCCUGAUAAUUUUUUAAAUAAAUAUUUCUAAUAAAACAUGUAUAAAGUAAA